UUACAAACGCUUGUGUUAUAUUUUGUUCUGAGAUUUUACACAAAAUAGACCUGAUCGGGUUUGAUCAUUGGAGACUGCGUGAGAUGCAGAGGCUAUCAGCAGCUGCCGCUGUGCACAUCCUAAGAAUCUGAAUGCGCUCCGAGGGAGAACAUGCCUGGGAUCAGAAAACAAACUGACGAGCAGGUCGUAGUGCUAGCAUUGGAGGGAGGGCAGUGAACAGUGAGACCUGGAUCAAACCCUGGCGCUGCUGGGGUUUGUGGUUCCUGUUUUUUCUUUUCUUUUCUUUUCUUUUUCUUUUUUUUUUUUUUCUUGUUUACUUUGCAAAAGUUUCUGAUGGGCGGAGCAUCCAGUAAUCCCUUUAACUUCCAAGUGGUGUUCAGCUUCCUUUUGGACUAAGGACAUUCCUGCACUAGUCACAGUUUCUAGCAGAGGAGGACUGGACUUCGUGAGCAGUGCCAGCUCCUCAAAGCUUGCCUCGAAGAUCCAGAAAAAUGAGACUUGCAGUGAAGGUUAUUUGGCUUAUGCUAUGGACUGUUUGUAUAGCAGAAGAUUGUAAAGGACCUCCUCCAAGAAAAGCUACAGAAAUUCUGUCUGGCUCCUGGAAUGAUCAAACAUACUCAGCUGGUACUCAGGCUUUCUAUAAAUGCCGCCCUGGAUAUCGAACUCUUGGAACCAUUGUGAUGGAGUGCAGGAAGGGAGAAUGGGUGUCCCUUUACCCAUCGAGGACAUGUCGGAAAAAGCCCUGUGGACAUCCUGGAGAUAUUGCCUUUGGUUCUUUUCAGCUCACAGUAGGAAACGAGUUUGAAUUUGGUGCAAAGGUUGUUUAUACAUGUAAUGAGGGGUAUCAAAUGCUGGGUGAGGUCAAUUACCGUGAGUGCGAAGCAGAUGGAUGGACCAAUGAGGUUCCUCUCUGUGAAGUUAUUAAGUGUUUACCAGUGACAGCACCAGAAAAUGGGAGAAUCAUCAAUGAUUUAAUGGAACCAGAUCAGGAAUACUCUUUUGGACAAGUGGUACAGUUUGAGUGUAACUCGGGAUUCAAACUUUCGGGACGCAAAGAAAUACAUUGUUCCGAUAAUGGCGCUUGGAGUGAAGAUCCACCAAAAUGUGUGGAAAUUUCCUGUGAAUCACCAGAAAUUAGAAAUGGAUUUUCUCUAUCCCAGAAGAAGACUUUUAGGGAGAAUGAACGAUUGCAAUAUAAAUGUCAUUUGGGCUUUGUUUACCGUGAAAGAGGAGAUGCCAUCUGCACAGCAUCUGGAUGGAGUCCAAGUCCUUUCUGUGAAGCAGUUUCAGUAAUGAUUAAUUACAUAGUCUCGUUAAUCAUUUUACCUUUUUUUUCCCUAGAAAUAGAAUGCAGGAUUCCAGAAAUAGAACAAAACUUAAUUGCUUAUCCCAAUCAAGAGAAAUACAGAGUUGGAGAUGUGCUGAAAUUCUCCUGCCGACAGAGAUUUAUAAGAGUUGGACCAGAUUCAGUUCAGUGCUACCCCUUUGGAUGGUCCCCUGAUGUCCCAGUAUGUAAAGCUGAAGUAAGCACCUGUGGUCCUCCUCCUGAGCUUCCCAAUGGGGACAUCGAGAAAACCAGGGAAACGGAAUACACGCACGGGGACCAAGUGGAAUUCCAUUGCAAGCCUGGAUUUCUGAUGAAGGGGCCAAAGAAGAUUCAAUGUGUUGAUGGAACGUGGACAACCUUGCCUAUAUGUAUUGAGGAGAAGAGUACCUGCGGAGACAUACCGGAACUCGACCACGGCUACGUCCAGCCUCCUGACCCUCCCUAUCGCCAUGGAGACUCCGUGGAGUUCAGCUGCAGAGAAACGUUCACGAUGAUCGGACACGGAACAGUGACGUGCGUUAAAGGAACGUGGACCCAACUUCCUAGCUGUGUUGCAACAGAUCAACUUGAGAAGUGUAAAAUAUCAAAGUCAACUGUAAAUGAGGCAAACCUACCCAAUAAGCUUGAAUACGAUCAUAACCAGAACAUAAGCUACAAAUGCAGAGGAAAAGCGGAAUCCAAACACUCCGUCUGCAUAAAUGGGAGAUGGGACCCCGAAGUGACCUGCAGGGGAGUACAACCAGUACAAUUAUGCCCACCUCCACCUCAGAUUCCUAAUGCUCAAGAUAUGAAAACUACAGUGAAUUAUCAGGAUGGAGAGAAGGUGUCUGUUCUUUGCCAAGAAGGUUACCUAAUUCAGGAAGCAGAAGAAGUGGUGUGCAAAGAUGGGAAGUGGCAGUCGUUACCACGCUGUGCUGAAAAAAUUUCAUGCUCUCAACUUCCUGAGAUAAAAAAUGGAACCCUUACAUUACCUAGCUCUUCAGAAAAAAUUAAAAAAAUGAAUGAGCCCAGUUCUUACCCACAUGGCACUAAAUUAAAUUAUAGUUGUGAUGAAGGUUUCAAGAAGCUCAAAGAAGAUGAAAUCACAUGCUAUAUGGGAAAAUGGAGUUUUCCUCAGUGUGUAGGUGAGGACAUGGAAAAUUCAAAUUCUGCUUUGGUAUAGCUAAGUUAAAAUGAUCUAUUUUUGUGAAAGUCAAGGA